GGCCCACUCAAACGCUAUCGAAAUGCCACAGUGGGCACAUCUCGGCCUGGCGGCUCUCCUCCUCGCUUCCACCGCCCUUUUGGGUGGGGCUGGUGCGGACAUCGACUGGUGGGAGAACGCCUCGCUCUACCAGAUAUAUCCGCGCUCCUUCCAGGACAGCGACGGCGACGGCAUCGGGGACCUGAAGGGAAUCACCUCCAGGCUGGGCUACCUCAAGGAGAUCGGCAUCACGGCCACCUGGCUGUCGCCCAUUUUCACCUCGCCCAUGUCCGACUUCGGCUAUGACAUCUCCGACUUCUACGACAUAGAUCCGAUUUUCGGUACUCUCGCGGACUUCGACGCCCUGAUCGCGGAGGCGAAGUCGCUGGGCGUGAAGAUCAUCUUGGACUUUGUGCCCAACCACUCGAGCGACGAGAACGAGUGGUUCGAAAAGUCGGUGAAUCGCGAAGAGGGUUACGACGACUUCUACGUGUGGGACGACGGGAAGCUGAAUGCGGAGACGGGGCAGAGGGAGCCGCCCUCCAACUGGGUCAGUGUGUUCAGCGGGCCCAUGUGGACGUGGAACGAGAAGCGCCAGCAGUACUUCCUGCACCAGUUCCAGGUGAAGCAGCCGGAUCUCAAUUUCACCAAUCCCAUGGUCAGGGAGCACAUGCUGGACGUGCUGAAGUUUUGGCUGGACCGCGGAGUGGACGGAUUCCGUAUCGAUGCGGUCCCCCACAUCUACGAGUACCGCUUCGCGAAUGGCUCCUACCCUGAUGAGCCGAUUAGCGGCUGGGGCAGUGAUCCCAACGCCUACGACUACCACGACCACAUCUACACCAAGGAUCAGCCAGCCACCGUGGAUCUGAUGUACGAGUGGCGGGCUUUCCUGGAUAAGUAUCGAGCGGACAAUGGAGGCGACUCCAGGGUUCUGCUGGCCGAGGCCUAUUCCUCCGUGGAAACACUGAGUGCUUACUUCGGGAACAGCAGCCAUCAGGGCACCCAGCUGCCCAUGAACUUCCAGCUGAUGUAUCUCAGUGGGUACUCCACCGCGAGGGAUGUGGUGGGGUCCAUCGACUACUGGAUGCAGACCAUGUGGACGGAGCACCAGACGGCCAACUGGGUGGUUGGCAAUCACGACACCAACCGCGUGGCGGAUCGCAUGGGGGCCCACAAGGUGGAUCUGCUCAAUGUGAUCGUGAACUCCCUGCCAGGAGCUUCGGUCACUUACUACGGAGAGGAGAUCGGCAUGUCCAACGUGGACGUGGAGUGCACUGGCGACUCUUGUGAGGAUCGGGAUGGCGAGCGAACGCCCAUGCAGUGGACCGCCGGAAAAAACGCCGACUUCUCCCAGGGAGAGAGCACCUGGUUGCCGCUAAGUCCUGAAUAUCAAAGGUACAAUGUGCAGACGGAGCGCGGGGUAUCCAGAUCCUCGCUGAACAUAUUCAAAGGCCUGCAGGAGCUGAAGAGCAGCGCAGCCUUUUUAGCAUUUAAGGACGAAGGAGGCUUCUCCUACGAAGCGGUCACGGAACAGGUCCUGCAGAUUAUACGCACCAACAAGUACAGCGAGGAGUAUCGAAUCUUGGUGAACCUGGGCAACGAUAUGGAGAUCCUCAAUGGACUAGCGUCCAAGACCUACGAGUAUGUGCUGGUCACUGCCUACUCCACCCACUAUGCGGGGCAAAAAGUUGAUCUGUCGCAGAGAAUCAUUCUCAUGCCCUACGAAGCAGUCGUUCUACGCUGGUUGGCGUAAUGCACUUCACCCUGAUUACAAGUUAUUUAAAAAAUAAAUUCUUUGUUUAUUUCCUGUUAA